AUGGCUUCAUCCCCCGCGUUGUUUACAGCCGCAAGGCGUCAGACCCUGACUUACCUGUUAGCGGUCUGUCCCUUCUCAAUCGCGUUUUUAGUAUUCAUUAAUUCCUCCAUCUCCUUCGUGGUAACCGAUUUGGUCGGUUUGCAUGAUGGAGAAGGAGACGCGGUGGGCACUUUAGGAUUCGCCGAUGAAUUGUUGGCGUUGGUAGCCUGUCCACUAUGGGGAGUACUCUCGGACCGCAUCGGCGUUCGCCAUAUGACUGACCGGGAGAGACGAGGGACGAAACAGGUGUGUACUAUUGGGUAUGCCAUAAUUGCUCUUGCAUUGGUUCUAUUCGUGCAGGCCACGAAAGUGUACCCGCAGCUCCUGCUGGGACGUCUCCUUUUCAGUCUCGGAGGCUCGGCUGUGUCAACCAUGGUGACUGCAGUCUUGCCUACUGUGACAGGCAAGGCACUCCAUAAAGAGGCGUACCGCACCUCCGUGUCUUCUGAUCUGACCAUUACACCUGAGCGAGUUUGCGGUUUCCAAAAUAACAAUACAAACUCUCCUGCACCCAGUGCUUCACCAUCCGCCCGCCUAUCUGGGUUUGUUGGCCUCUUCGCAGGAUGCGGUGCCCUGGUUUCCCUGGGUGUCUUCCUGCCUCUGCCCGCACGAUUUGCAAAAGUGGGUCUCUCACCAUCUGAGGCAAUCCAACGCAGUUAUUACCUAGUGGCUGUUGUAGCCAUCAUAAUCAGUGGAGUUAGCUUCCUGGGUCUUCGCAAUCUUCCUGGAGAGGAACAGAAAGGAUGGCGCUCUUUACGAAACUCCAAUUCGCAGCAUUUGGAUGAUUCACCAGCUGGACUUAUAGAGCCGAAAAGGCUCCCGUACUGGAAACAAUUGGCCACAGCAAUGCUUCUCGGAUUCCAGAAUCGCAGUAUUGGUCUGGGUUACAUUGGAGGAUUUGUUGCUCGGGCAUCCUCGGUGGGAAUUUCCCUGUUCAUUCCUCUGGCGGUGAAUCAUUAUUUCCGUAUCUCGGGGCUCUGUGACGAGGAGCAUGAACCAGAACCAGGAUCUGGAAUGAGAGAUAUGAAGAAAUCAUGUCCACAGGCAUAUAUACUUGCCUCAAUUUUGACAGGUGUCUCUCAACUGAUUGCCUUGAUUGCCGCCCCAGCAUUUGGGUUCUUGACGGAUAAAUCACGCCGCUACAACGUGCCACUGCUAGUGGCUGCCUUCACGGGUGUGGUUGGGUAUAUUGCGUUUGCCCAGCUUCCAAAUCCCCAGUUCAAGGGUCCUGAGGGUAAUCUCAGUGUUUUUGUCAUCAUGGGACUCAUCGGUAUCAGUCAAAUUGGUGCAAUUGUUUGCAGCCUCGCGGUGCUGAGCAAUGGGAUCCUACGGGUGAGUCUUGACGAUGACAACUUCCACAAAAUCUACGAUGCGCAGAGAGAUUGUCCGGAUGUCCAGGAUGAUUGCAGUGAGAGAGGCGAGGAGGACCAGCCGUUAUUGGUUGGGUCGGUGAAUCGGCGGUUAGAACACCUGUCGCAUUUGAAAGGGUCUAUUGCUGGAGUAUACUCACUCUACGGCGGGGCCGGAAUAUUGCUGCUCACCAAGGUUGGGGGCCUUUUAUUCGACCGGAUAUCAUCUGGCGCCCCAUUCUAUAUCAUGGCGGCGUUUAAUGGAAUCCUAUUGGUGGUGGGAAUCCUAUGCGGCAUCUUGAAUCAGGUAGCACCAGUGGUGGAAUUAUCAGUCUAA